GUGUAAUCAGUAUAAUCAAGCUGAAUAAAAUUAUCCAGAAAAAAAGAAGAAUAAAAUACCAUUCCACCACAAACAUUUCACAAAAACCAACAGCUAGUGAUUUCCCUAUCGGGUCGGGGUUCAGUACGACUGCCGCUGCCAUUGUUCGCCGGCGAAGGAAGAAUGAACUCAUGGGACGAAUGGGUUGAGUUGGCACUGCAGAAACUGGAGUCGCAUAAACUCCUUCGUUCUGUUAGACCCAUUCAUCUAUCCAAGGAUUCAAACUCGUUAAGCCAUUCUAAUGCCGACGACUUCGAAUUUUUCGAUGAAUUACGCCAAUGGGAUAGAGACACAGUGGAAGUUCAGAUUUCAGAAACUACGUAUCAUAAAUGGUUGCAAGACAUUCCCAGUUCCGGAGAUGAGGUUGGUUGCAACGGUGUGGUGGAUACUGAAGUAGGGGCAAGUGCUGGAACAUUCAAGACGUUAAUUUUAUUCUCUGGAAAUGAUUACCUGGGCUUGAGUUCGCAUCCUACAAUUAUCAAGGCUGCAACACAGGCAGUUCAAAGGCAUAGAAUGGGUCCAAGAGGUUCUGCACUAAUAUGUGGUUAUACCAAUUAUCAUCGACAACUAGAGUCAUCCUUGGCGGAGUUAAAAAACAAGGAGGUAUUCACUUAUUUCUUUGAUAAUCGUCUUAAGUUUCGAAUAGUGAACUUGCUUAAAUGGAAACCAAAUAUAAAAUACCCCGUAAAUAAUUGCGGGCACUGGAGUGAAAUGAGUUGGCAUCUCACGUUAUUCUCCUAAUUGUCUUUUCCUUCUGGUACUAGAAGAACUUAGGACCUAUAAUGCUGCAUGAGGGUAUAUAAAAACCCAUAUGUUUGUUUAUAUGAAGCAUUCAUGUUAGAGUAAUGUGGAGUUGGUAUAGUAGUAUGACACAUGUUUCCCUUAGCUUGUUUGUGAUUUGUGAUCUUGAUAUUGAUGUCGAAAUCAACCAGAUUGAUGGAGGAUGUUCUUUCAUGUCCAAAGUCUAUGGUUAAUAAUCAUUUUCAUACUUUUAAUUUAUUCAUAAAUAAAUAUAGUCAAAAAUUUACAACAGGAAAUGAACAUCUACAUGUUUGUGUGAGCGAUGAGGGAUUUUCCCCAUCAAAGAAGUCAAUUUACCAUACUUUAUCUGUACCUUCGCAAUGGUUCAGUAAUUACAUCUUCUUCUCCAUCUUAUGGGUGUAUUCCUUGCUUCAAGCCUUCAACAAGCUUCUCACUAAACAAUUAAAUGAGAAAAAUGCUUAUCCACUUGAGAAAUACCUGAAAAAGGGAACUGAUAUUCUUUGAUUUACCUUGGACUUAACCACUAAACAGCUGUCUCUUUCCUUUCAACCAUUGCAAUUUGGAUCUCUUUGAGCUGGCAGGAAAGAAAUUUAGUAAAACCUUUGGACUCAACCACUACAACCAUUAUUAUUCAUACCAAUCAACAUUCUCAUAAUAGCAAAUAAUCUCCACAGAAAUUUCUCAAACAGAUCCAAAUUCUCAUUGUUGGAGGCUGAUUGCUUAUUUCUUAGUGAUUAACUGAUGCUAGGAUUUGAUUUUGGUAGUUGCAGGAUUUGAAUAAUCUUUCUGUAGGUUAAAGUGUCUAAUCUAUAAUGCUUCCAUUGUAGUUGAUGCUGCAGCUGUUAUAUAUUCAACUAAACAUGGUCUGUUUGAGAGAGAGAGGAGAGAAUGAACAAUGGUUUCAGUUAUAGUGUUGAUAUAGUCAUGAAAGUUUCUUGCCUCUGGAAGCUUUGUAGAAUGUAGAAGAGAAAUAACUUAUGCAGAAAUGAAAGCACUCUGUUGUUCUGAUGAAUGUUGAUGAUCCAACAUGCACCCAGUAACGCAAAUAGUCCUCUGUUGCCAAAUUGAUCCUUCAUCUAGUUAAGAAACAACUCCUAAANCAACAACAACA